GAAGCUGCAGGACUGGGAGCAGCCCGUAGUGACUGGGUGGCACUGGGACGUGCUGGCAGAGGAAGAGGAGAGUGUCUGUCUGUCCAUCCACCUGCCAGAUCCCCCUGCGCCGCUGCUGACUGAAAAUGGCAGAAGCAAAGGUGUUCAAGAAGACCAGCCCCAACACCAAGCUUUCCAUCUAUCUGGGGAAGAGAGACUUUGUGGAUAACGUGGACUCAGUGGAAUCUGUAGAUGGUGUCUGCCUGAUCGACCCGGAGUACCUGAAGGACAGGAAAGUGUAUGUGACCCUGACCUGCGCCUUCCGCUACGGCCGCGACGACCUGGACGUGAUCGGGCUGACCUUCAGGAAGGACAUUUACGUCCAGACCGUCCAGAUCUUCCCACCCGUGCCGGACCAGGCCCCCAAAACCCUCACUCCCCUGCAGGACAAGCUGCUGAAGAAGCUCGGGGAGAAUGCCUACCCCUUCACCUUUGAGAUUGCCACCAACCUGCCCUGCUCCAUCAGCCUCCAGCCCGGGCCAGAUGAUGAGGGAAAGGCCUGCGGUGUGGACUUCGAGGUGAAAGGAUUUUGUGCUGAAAAUCUGGAGGAGAAAAUUCACAAGAGGAACUCCGCGCGCCUCAUCAUCCGCAAGGUGCAGUUCGCCCCGGUCAGCACGGGGCCGGCCCCGAGGGCGGAGACCACCCGGCAGUUCAUGAUGUCAGACAAGCCUCUGCACCUCGAGGCUUCCCUGGACAAGGAGAUCUACUACCAUGGAGAGCCCAUCAGCGUGACCGUCAACAUCAACAACACCACCAACAAGAUAGUGAAGAAAAUUAAGAUCUCAGUGGAUCAGAUCACAGAUGUGGUCCUCUAUUCCCUGGAUAAAUACACGAAGACUGUGUGCACCGAGGAGAUAAAUGAGACUGUGGCAGCCAACUCCACCUUCUCCAAAACCUACUCCGUGACCCCCCUGCUCUCGACCAACCGCCACAAGCGAGGCCUCGCUCUCGAUGGGAAGCUCAAGCACGAGGACACCAACUUGGCCUCCACCACCAUCCUGAGACCCGGCAUGGACAAGGAGGUGCUGGGCAUCCUGGUGUCCUACAAAGUGAAGGUCAACCUGAUGGUGUCCCGAGGAGGGAUCCUGGGGGAUCUCACUUCCAGCGAUGUCGGUGUGGAGAUGCCCGUCAUCCUCAUGCACCCGAAGCCUGACGAGAUGCGGAGGACAUUGUCAUCGAGGAAUUCGCUCGCCAGAAGCUCAAGGGAGAGAAGGAUGAUGAAGAUGAGAAGGAGGAAGCUGAGAAGGAGGGUUAAGAUGCUGGUCCCACACGGCCUGGUUUGGGAUGUAGCUGCCUGUAGCGUUCCCCGCUGUGCCCACACGGUGCAGCCCCUCAGCCCCUCACAGCCCCCAUAGGUGCCCCCCUCCCCGGGCUCCUGGCACCCCCUCCAAGCCCUGGUAGCCGUGGCAGGAGUCUCUGCUCCUCAUCCCGGGGCUGCCGUGCAGGAAAGCCCCCCGGUGCUCCCUGUUCCCGUGGUGCCAGCGAGGGGAAAGGGACAGGGUGGGUGUGGCGGCCCCGGCAGAGCACAUCACCCACACAUCUGUCACCCGCCCAGCUGUGCCCAGCUCUGUGACACUGAUCUCAAUAAACCUGCCCGGUGCCCAGCGCA